AUGACAGGAUUGAACUUUCAGAAGCUGUUGAAGAACAGAAUCCCUGUUCUAAAAUGGCUACCCCUCUAUAGACCAAAAGACGCGCUCGGUGACCUGGUUGCCGGUUUGACAGUGGGCCUGACAUUAAUACCACAGGCGAUCGCUUACGCCGGACUGGCAGGAUUAACACCGCAAUAUGGGCUGUAUAGCGCGUUCGCAGGCAGUUUCGUUUACAUUGUUUUUGGAACCUGUCGAGAAGUCAAUAUUGGCCCGACCGCGUUGAUUUCUCUGCUAACGUACACAUACGCGAGAGGUAUUCCUGAAUACGCGACUCUUCUGUGCUUCUUAUCCGGAUGCGUUACCAUUAUUCUCGGUGUACUACGACUAGGAUUCCUGGUCGAAUUUGUCUCGAUCCCAGUCGUUUCCGGUUUCACGUCAGCAACCAGUCUCAUCAUCGCGUGCAGUCAAAUCAAAAGUUUGCUCGGCUUGAGGAUCCACGGGGAAAGUUUCGUGGAGAUUUGGAGGGAAUUGGUCAGCAACAUUGGUCGCACGAGGAUCCCUGACCUGAUCUUGUCUUGCUGCUGCAUUCUAGUUCUGCUGACCCUGAAGAAACUGAAAGACGCCAAGGUCUCGAAUCAGAUAUUAAAGAAAUCUAUCUGGUUCCUGGGAACCGGUCGUAAUGCCAUUGUCGUCGUCCUGUGCGCGGUGAUCUCGUAUAUUUAUGAAAUUCGAGGCGGAGCACCGUUCAUCCUUACAGGACACAUUGAUUCAGGAUUACCGUCGAUAGAACCGCCGCCAUAUUCUCGGAUUUCUGGUAAUCAGACCGAGACUUUCAUGGACAUAUGCAAGAACUUAGGAACUGGUAUUCUGAUCGUUCCGUUGAUAUCGAUCAUUGGGAACGUUGCAAUAGCCAAAGCUUUCUCACGCGGUCAAACACUGGAUGCCACCCAAGAAAUGCUUACAUUGGGUUUGUGCAACAUAGCAGGUUCGUUUUUCCAUUCCAUGCCGGUUACCGGUUCCUUUUCCAGAAGCGCUGUGAACAACGCAUCCGGCGUGAGGACCCCUUUGGGCGGUGUGUACACAGGUAUUCUAGUCAUUUUUGCUUUAAGUCUACUUACGCCGUACUUUUACUACAUCCCAAGAGCGACGCUCAGCUCUGUGAUAAUUAGCGCUGUGAUAUUUAUGGUCGAGGUGAAGAUAAUACGGCCGAUCUGGAGAUGCAGCAAACGCGAUCUAAUACCAACUUUCGCGACAUUCUUCGCGUGUCUGUUCGCCGGAGUGGAGCUAGGAAUUUUAAUCGGAGUGAUCAUUGAUCUGGCUAUAUUAAUUUAUUUCAACGCCAGGCCGACAAUAUAUAUCGAAUACAGAAAUACCCCUACGUUAACUUAUAUCCUCGUGCGACCCAGCGCCGGACUACUGUUCCCAGCGGUGAAUUACCUCAGGAUAUAUUUAAUCGAGAACCUGGCUAAUAAUCAGCAUAAGCUACUGAAAACCUUCAAAAACUCGAAAAUCGUCGUGUUAGACUGCAAGCAUAUCGAUAAAAUUGAUUUCACCGCGGCGCAUGGCUUGAAUACAGUGAUAAGAGACUUCAAGGAGAAAAAUCAUAGGCUAAUAAUGCUGCGGCCGUCCAAAGAAAUUCUGCAGAGCGUCCAAUCUUUGUCAGAGGAAACGAUAAAGGUGGCCAAUACCGAUUCGGAGCUCGUGGCGAUUUUGAAAGAAUUGAGUACAGGUAAACGAACUCUGGAGCUCACCGCUGAAAUAAUAGACAUGACGAAUGUAAAGAAUCCUAGUCGCCCGAAGAACGAACAUACGAGCACCAAACUCUGAAAACGAUCCGAACGUUAGACGAUUGAAAAUUCAUGAAAUGAAAUAUUACUAAGCAUGUAUGUAAGACCAUAAUGAAUGUGCGAAAAAAUUCCUACAGAUUUUCCAUUUCCUUUUUUUUUUUCGCA